UUAAAUUUAAAAAAGACGAACUCAUGCUUAUUGCUUUCUUCUUUCCGCCCAUAACAUAACAAAGAACAAACCGAAGGAAUCCGUCCCCAUUUUCUCUGCUUUGAAACGACGCCGAUUUGCACUUUGCUUCUCUCUCUCUCUCUCUCUCUCUCGCCGCCGCCUCAAUGGCGUCCGCCGUCGCCGCCGACGCCCCGUUGAAACCUCUGCGUCAGCAGUACGUCGUCGUGAUGCGCCACGGCGACCGCAUCGACAACUUCGAGCCGCUUUGGGUGUCCACCGCCGCCCGCCCUUGGGACCCGCCCCUCAUCCAGGACGGCCGGGUCCGUGCCUUCUGCGCCGGCCGGAAGAUCCGCACUCAGCUCGGGUUCCCGAUCCACCGCGCCUUCGUUUCCCCGUUCCUCAGGUGCAUUCAGACGGCCGCCGAGGUGGUGUCGGCCCUCUGCGCCGUCGACGACGACCCCAACGCAACUAACUCCGACGGUGUCUCCAUUGAUCCUUCAAAGCUCAAGGUCUCCAUUGAAUAUGGGCUGUGUGAGAUGUUGAACAGGGAAGCCAUCAGGAUUCCUCCUAAAGAUGGGGAGUGGGGUUUUAAUUUAUCUGAGCUUGAGUCCAUGUUGCCAGAAGGGACUCUUGAUCAUACUGUCGAACGAGUCUACAAAGAGCUGCCGCAAUGGGAAGAGACUGUCCUGGGGGCUAGAAAUAGAUAUGCUCAAAUCAUAAAGGAGCUUGCAGAUAAACAUCCUUCGGAAAAUUUGCUGCUUGUCACCCAUGCCGAAGGAGUUGGGGUUGCAGUUUCAGCAUUCUUGGAAGGCAUCACAGUAUAUGAAGUUGAUUAUUGCACAUUCGCUCAGCUAAGAAGGUCGAUUUCUUCACAAGAACCUUCACUUGCUGCAGGAGAAUUUGAGGUGUUGAAUCCCGGGCAAACCGGCAUCAGGUAUAUGCCCUCGAGCAGCAUUGCAGACGGGGCCAUCUAAUUAAUGGAAAAAUAAAAUUGCAAACAGUGUGACAGAUUGAUUAACCCCUCUGAGCGGGGGCACCUCCUCAGAUAAGAUUCGGUGCUAGAAUUAGUCCUGUUAGUUUUAAUGAUUGAUGCCCAUUUCAUGUAGUCGGUCUGUAAAUCUAAACUCAUCCACAGGGAUUUGUUCAUGCUCUGAUCACUGCAGAACAUAUUUCACCGAUCUUCUGCAAUAAAAUGCAAGAUAUAUUUCCAGCUGGUUGACGAGCAGCUAGCUCCCUGCUAGAUUGCAUCUGUUAGAGUUAUUCAAGAUAGUGAGUUGAUUUUUGUUACUUCUA